AUGCUCCGACGGAAAACGCCCUCCGGAACGUUACCGGCAGCAUACGAUGGGGUGGACUAUGUGUCGCGCCCGACCAAGCAGAUUCUUGUGCCAUAUCAUGGGGAGGAGUCUCAACCUGGGAAUCAUGGAGGUCAGGGGAUGCGCCAGGGGAUGGGUCAGGGGAUGAACUGGGCGGACAAAACGAUGGGGCAGGCUUCGAAUCCUCUACACCAAACAGGGAUGGAUAUGGGCAACGGGAAUGCGGGUAUGUUCUCCAACGAAUGGCCGUCACAGCACAAUGGACAGAUUUCGUUGGACGACAAUCUGGAUCCGUAUGUGCGGCAGCUACUCCUACAGCAACAGCAGCAGCAACAGACGGUUCCGCCUUUUCCCGAUUCUUUGUGGAUGAACAGUCAGUUCUCAGGAUUCCAGCCAAUGUACAACCCGAUACAACCACCUACGGCCUCGUGCGAUGAGGUGAAUGCGUUCAUCAUGGGGGGAAACUAUAUUCCUCACGACCAGAUUUGGUAUGGUCAGCAGCAGCAGCCGGCCUGGGGAAAUGGCCAGACAACCCCGACGGCACAACUCCCGCAAGCGGUGGACAACAUGAACCUCAACGCGCAAUACGACAGCAGUGCUGGCAUUUUGAAUUCUUCCUCCAACACCUGGUUGGAUCAGUUUUCGCCAGCCCCGGUUUCGGCAUCCCAGGGAUUUUAUCCUGCACCACUAUCGCACGAAUCACACCUUCACUCCGCUGCCCUGGAUCACUUUCCUACAAGACUGCCACAACGUAACACCAUACCCGGUCCGAGCCGUGAGAAAGUCGCGGCAUGGGCGCACAAGGCAUAUGUGGAUCUGUUAGCUUCCAUCCAUUCCCAACAACGCCAAGCCGAUCAAGGACACCCGGCCGCCUCCGUAGCAAAGAACGGGAUGUAUCCGCGGCCGCCGAGAUUGAGUGGCUUGAGAAGCUCUUCGAGGCCUCGUAUUCAGUCAAGCGUCAGCUCACCGCGGUACACUAACCAAGUCAAUGUCGAUGGCACCGACCGACGGAAGAGAUUGCGGGCGAGCAUCGGAGGCAACGCCGGUUAUCCAAACAUUGGAACUUCGUCGUCGCAUUCCGUCCCCAUGGGCAGCGCAUAUCCUUUCUCGAACCAUAAUGUUCUUCAAGCGCAUCACGGAAAUGCCCAGAUCAAGGGAUCUGCCGAACAGUUCCAUGUUUCAGGGGCAAGAAAAUAUGCCGCCGCUUGCUCUCGCACGGGUCAUGAACGCAGAUUGUCUAACGGGAUUUCGAAUAGCUCACCACUUGCGAUGAAUAGCUCUGGCAGUAGUCCGGUUUCACUCGGAGGUGUGAAUGUCUCAAGUGCCUCAACACAAGCAGUCGCAGCAUCGGAGGCGAUCGAGAAGAUGUGCGGCGAUUCGGACUGGAAUUGGGUUGAUGGAAUGUUACUGGCCGGCUGCUUAGCAUAUGGUCUGGGCGACUUGAAUCGAGCGCUAGCGUGGUAUCGCCGUGUGUUGGACGUCGACGAGGGACACGUUGAGGCAUUGUCGAACUGCGCGGCUACUUUACUUUCCCUCUAUCGGAAGGAUGAGGCGGAACGGUAUUGGCGGCGAGCCAUUGAGAAACAGCCCAGUUUCUUCCAGGCGGUCGAACACCUGGUGGGGCUUCUGUGCGGGGACCAUCGCGCAAAAGACGCCGUCGAAAUCAUAAAUUACGUCGAGAUGGCGCUUCGCAGGCCGGACCAUCCGACGGAACGAAACCUGAGUUUGAGCAGCAGCUCCAGCGACGGUUCGGUGGCUGCCGUAGCUCCGGACAUGAAGUUUGACUACGAAGAUAUGGACCAUGAGUACAUCUUUGGUGGUAAGCGGCAGGAGGUCACAAGGACCGCUCCUUGCACAAACGGUUUCAUGAUCCCCGGUUCCGACAAUGGUCGAAUUAUAGCUCUCAUCCAUGCCAAGGGGAAUAUGCUCUACACGUUGGGCGACAACGUUGGUGCUGCCAAAGCGUUCGAGGACGCUGUUCUUCUGUCGGCUGGGAUUCAGAGUGGUGGCAUUCAAUCCCUCAUCAACAAGAUCCUUGUGGUCCUCAAGGCAGCAACCGAACGUGUCAAUCUAUCCGAACUUUCGCCUAACCCGCCACAAACGCCCGUGUUAUUACCACCGGAUAAGGCGAUACAGACCGCCAGGCUUGUUUUCCCUCCCGAUGGCAGCCUACCGGGCCUGCGAGAUAUCUCCAACACUGCGGCGUUGAAGGCGGCCAUUUCGACCACCAGUAACUCACUGCUGUCACUCGCGAAGAUUUUCCAGGAUGGGAUGUCGUCAGGUGGGGCAACAGCUGGGCGGCCGGGUGCUAAUGUUAAGGACAUUCUCGCUCUUUACUAUCUUUCGCUUUCGCUCCACGCAAGCCCCUCGACCGCCAACAAUGUGGGCAUCCUCCUCGCCAGUCUACAACAGGGUUCUUCAGCCCCAGUGUUGCCAGGUAAAAACCCCCAUGGUGGACACAGCAAUGGUGUCGGGUUGGCUCUCCUGUAUUACUAUUAUGGACUCAACCUGGAUAAUCGGCACGCGCAUCUGUAUACCAACUUGGGGAGCUUGCUCAAGGACAUCAACCAUCUACCGACAGCCAUCAAGAUGUACGAGCAAGCUGUUGCUUGCGAUCCUUCAUUUGAUAUCGCUCUGGCAAACCUUGCAAACGCUGUCAAGGAUCAAGGACGCAUCAAGGAGGCCAUUGAGUACUACCGUCGGGCCGUCAAGGCAAACCCGGACUUUGCAGAGGCUGUGUGUGGGCUGGCGACCGCCCUCAAUAGUGUUUGCGAUUGGAAGGGAAGAGGCGGAGUGGUCAGGGAUGGAGGGAAUAGGGACAGGUGGCAUGUCGACGACGGCGGAAUGUUGAGGGACGCCAAGGCGGUGGGAGCAGUCAGCAGCGGGUGGAUGGACAGAGUUGUGGGGAUUGUCGAGAAGCAGUUGCUCCAGGGAGAAUCGUGGGGGAAAAAUUCUCUGCCUGGAGACAUGCUCAGUCACUUCGUUAGGGACAUCGCAUAUGCCGAGCAUGGGUAUCUGGAUGAUAACAGGAACACGUCGCUGCAAAGGAUUGUGGCAGGGUGGGCUGGCCGAGCGUAUGAAGGCGCGAAGGUCAUCCGGUUGAUCGAGCGGGCUAGUCGGCAGGCCGUGUGGAGAUGGUACCAGGACAAGUACGUGAAAGGCAUCAACAAGCCUCGCACAGCAUAUCGCCGGCCAAUGGUUCCCCCGACGUUGACCACGCCGAGUGCUCCGACGGUGCUGCCGUUCCAUACUUUCACCUGUCCGCUAUCGGCAAAGGAGGUCAGGCUCAUAUCCGAGCGGAACGGACUCAGAAUAUCUUGCUCGACAUUACGGUCGGCCUGGCUGGCACCACACAUCUACCCCCCGCCCGCGCCUCCAGCGCCGUAUCUACGUGUGGGAUAUGUGUCUUCGGACUUCAACAACCACCCUCUUGCUCACCUCAUGCAGUCGGUAUUCGGUCUGCACGACCAGACCCGUGUCAAGGCGUAUUGCUAUGCCACUUCUGUGAGCGACAAUUCCGAGCAUCGGAAACAGAUCGAGGCCGAGUCCCCCGUGUUUUACGACGCACACACAUGGGGACCUGAUCGCCUGGUUCAAAAGAUCGUGGAGGACGGCAUACAUAUCCUGAUCAAUCUCAACGGGUUCACACGAGGUGCCCGCAACGAGGUGUUUGCUGCUAGGCCGGCGCCGAUACAAAUGGGAUUCAUGGGAUUCGCGGGCACACUCGGCGCGGAAUGGUGCGACUACUUGUACGCCGACACGACGGCUGUACCACCCGGGAUGCUGCGGAAGAGCAGGCGGAACGUGGACGUCGACGAUGCUAUCCAGGGCAUCAGCGAGGACGCGGAUAACGACUGGAGUGCUCCGGAUUCGCAGUUGCAACGGCUUGGCUGGGAUGAUGAAGUCAAGAGGCGGUGGAAGAUGAGGAAAGAUAUUUUUCCACAGCUCGAGGAUGAUCGGAUCAUCCUGGGGAACUUCAACCAGCUGUACAAGGUCGAGCCAACAACGUUCCGGACCUGGUUGCGUAUUCUGGCGGCGGUUCCGAAGGCCGUGUUAUGGCUGCUUCGCUUUCCGGACAUCGGCGAAGCCAAUCUUCUCUCCUUGGCCGAGUCAUGGGCAUCCAAAGAGGUUGCGUCACGAAUCAUAUUCACCGAUGUCGCGCCGAAACCUCUGCACAUCUCGCGUGCGCAGGUGUGCGACCUCUUCCUGGACACGCCGGAAUGUAAUGCGCACACCACAGCCGCCGACGUCCUCUGGAGCGGCACGCCUCUACUGACGCUGCCACGGCACAAACACAAGAUGUGCUCUCGCAUCGCGGCGAGUAUUCUCCGAGCCGCAGUGCCGCAAACGGACGAGGGGAGGGCCAUCGCAAACGGCUUGGUGGCAACAAGCGAAGACGACUAUGAGCGCCGUGCGAUCGAGCUGGCGGCGGGAAUGGCGUACCGCAUCGGCGGCGAGGGGGAAUAUGCCGGCGAGCUGGGCGAUAUCCGGAAAGUCCUGUUCACGAACCGAUGGACCAGCGAGCUGUUUAAUACUAAGCGCUGGGUGAGCGACCUGGAAGACGCGUAUGAAGAGGCCUGGAGGAAGUGGGUCAAAGGCGAGGGCGGUGAUAUUGAUCUCAAGGCGUUGAAGCCGGGGGGAAGGUAUUGA